AUGUCUGACGACGACAUCGAUCUUUUCAUCGAGGGUUCCGUUGAGGAUGCCCAGGAGGGUGGGGCUCCGAUUGAUGAUGAUGAUGUCGCUAUCCCACUUGCAGAUAUUCCAGUCAAUGAUGAUGUUGUUAUCCCUCUUAUUGAGAUUCCAGUCGCUAAUAUUAUUGUUGUUCCGUUGGUCGAGAUUCCUGCUGUUGAGAUCUCAUCUGACCAUUCAGGUCCUGACUCAUUCGAGUCCGUAUCAUCUGCUACUUUACACCCACGGGGCAUGCAACAUUAUCCCACAAACACUGAUUCCGACACAGCGAUGUCUGCCGCACCUAUCUUUCCACACGACUUUGACCCGGAUCAUGAGAUUGAGUUUGUCCCAUACGAGCAGCCUUUUGAGGCACCUAUCAUUCCUGACGAUCAGCUCUUUCAUAUACCCGCUGAUCUUGAGUAUGCUCCAGCUGACCCUGAGCCUGAGAUUGCACCAGAGCCUACACUAGCACACGAUCCCUUACCUGAGCACGAUCCAGUACCUGUCGAUGCACUAGUUGUUGCACCACAUCUGCCUGACCCGAUACCUGCACUUAUUGAUCAUGCUCCUUUUGCUACCCAUGUAGACCCCUGGUAUGCUCACACCCGCAAUAGGUGGAUUGAGGACGACGACGACUACCCUCCUUUUGUUCGACCCUUUACUCCCCCACCUGCAUCUACCCAGGCACUCGUUGAUAUCGCCCCAUUUCACCCACAUGAGUCUGACAUUCACCGCACAGAUCUACCGAUCACAUUUCCUCAGGAUAUCCCUCCUCCCCGUCCAGGGGAAGGUCCAUCGAGUCAGCAGUCCAGUCAUAUACCACCCGUGUCAGAAACCUUUCCUUUCAUGCCACCGUUUGCACCUGCUACACAUACUGCACCUUUUGUUUCUGCACCAUCGGGCGAGCCACUGAUUUGGUUUCCGCCCAACACGAUGCCUGUUUCUGAUCCAUAUCAUCCUUCACAUUACACUGGAUGCAAGAGGGAUGAUCUGCUUUUAUCGUUAUAG